GUUGAUGAAAAAAUUUACUAAAAUGUCAGGAACGGAUUAUGAAAAAUGUUUUCUAUGCCUCUUUGCCUCUUACACACAAAAAAAGUGAUCUUUACAAAAUUCUUGUUAAUCAUAUUGAGGUUUAUUUCUUACUAUGUCACUAGAAUUUGCAGUUUUCCCAGGUAAUAUUUCCUUUGUUACAUCAAGGUAUGUUUUUUAGCUUCUCUGGCACAAUAAAUUGUUCUUAUCUGAUGGAUAUGCUUAAAAAUGAGAAGUGCAUCUGAAGAGCUGUGACUGAAAAGCAAUCUGCAAGAUGUCAGCUUACAUACAUUGUCAGUAAAGCUCUGUGUUGGGAACUUGCUCAUCAAAACAUCCCUAUGCUGCUACAGGAAACUUCACUGCAGCGCAAACUCCUCUCCUGAAAGAGUGUCUAUUUGUCUCUGCUAGUUUAUUUUCUAAUGUAAUAGUAAUAUUUUAAAAGAUAAAAUUACCUGUGUAUGCAGACACAUGCGGGAUAUAUUCUUGUUUAUUAUAGUUUUUGCACUGGUAAAUAUAGCUCAAGUCAUAGAAAAGUGCUUUAAUAUGAGGGAAAAUUAAUGUAUAGCAGCAACAGAAGAAGAGUUAAGAUUAUGUCUGAGCGUUUGUCUUUUUCUUUUUUCCACCCAUCGACUGACUAACAGCUGUUGUAGUGCAGCACAGUCAGGCGUUAGCUCUCUGUGCACCAUUUCCAUCGCUAGCGAUGCUUUCCAAGGGGCUGCUGAGGGCGGGAAGCGCGGGAGCGCGAGCUGGGGCACGGCUGCCCGCCUCCUGCCUCGGCGGCGGCAGCGCAGCCAUGGCAGCGCCUCGGAGCCGGCGGCGGGCGGGCGGUAAGCGCUAAAACUCCAGGUGGCACGCACCCGUAUCCACCUCUUAGAGCGGCCGUGCGAUGAGGAGACACUUCUGCUUAGUUUUUUUGUUCUGUGGGAUAUUUCUGCCCAGAAUCUUUGGUUUUCCACAUGCAAAUACUUCAAUUGAUUGUGACUCUCUGUUACCAAACUAUGAAGAUGAACCACAAACAUCUCCACCACCAUAUAUUAUUGCUGUAUCUUUUGAUAGCUUUGAACCAGGAAAUGAAAUCCAAGUGACCCUAGAAGCCCUCAAAGAUGUUGGAUUUAAAGAAUUUAAUCUACAAGCUCGAGAAACAGGAGGAGAUGUUCCUGUUGGUACUUUCAAAAUUACAGAUCCAAACACAAAAGGCUUGGAAUGUCAUAACAUCACGAAUUCAGCAGUAAGUCAUGCAAAUUCUGAUCUGAAGCAGAAAAUUACAACAACAUGGAUUGCUCCAAAUGAUGUUAAAGAACUUCAGUUCAUUGCAACUGUUGUUCAAGAUCUAGAGAAAUUUUGGGUUGGAAUUGAAAGCAAAACUCUCAUAUCCACGCAUUCUAAGUCAGUUAAUGGGACAGGAAAAAGUAAAAGGAAGCUCAUGAUAGAAAUUGAAUGCAGCAAGCGUGGAGGGACGUACACCAGGCAAGGCGGAUGUGUUGUGGUUCAACCUUCCGGUUCCUCUCAAAGCAGCUAUUCUAGUGGUCAGAGUGGAACAGUCUACACAAUAAGCAAGAGUGGAUGUGUCCCAGGAGGUGCUGCCAAUGCGUAUAGCCAGAAUGCGUGUAAAGAUAGUGCGUCCUCGUAUGGCAGUCUUACCUACGGCCAGUCUGUUCCUGCAAGCAGUUCAGAUUCCAGUAAGAAGAUAGUGGUCAUCCCCAACAGCAACCCGUUUCCACCUGUGCGUCAUACUUAUCCCCAGAGUUUGGGCAAUUCUGCUACUAAGAUCAUAGUACAGAGUGGACAAAGGCAGCAAAGCAGCGGUGCUACUUAUGUUCAGGGUGGGCCAACCUACACUAUCAGCAGCAGUUCGUAUGGACAGGGUUCCCGAGGCAGCCAGUCCUAUGGCCAGAUCUCUCGGCUUCAACCUGGCAGUUCUUAUGGCCAGGUCUUCCAGCCGCAAGGAGGUACUUCCUACGGCCAGGGUGGGCCAACCUACACUAUCAGCAGCAGUUCGUACGGACAGGGUUCCCGAGGCAGCCAGUCCUAUGGCCAGGUCUAUCACCCACAAGGUGGCACCUCCUAUGGACAGCAGAGUGGGUCUUCUUCAGGUGGCAGUGGAGGUUGUGGACAAGGUACUUCGUAUGAUAGCAAUCCCUGCCACCAGGAUGGAUCUCAGAGUGGUAGCCAGGGUGGAUCAUAUUCCUCACAAAGCUAUGAUGGUAGCCAAGGUGGAUCAUCAUCCUCACAAAAUUAUGGUGGCAACCAGGGUGGAUCGUAUUCACAAAACUAUGGUGGCGGCCAAGGUGGAUCAUACUCACAAAACUAUGGUAGUGGCAAAGGUGAAUCAUACUCGCAAAACUAUGGUGGUGGCAAAGGUGGAUCAUAUUCACAAAACUAUGGUGGUGGCCAAGGUGGAUCAUACUCACAGAACUACGGUGGUGGCCAAGGUGGAUCAUCUUCUCAAAACUAUGGUGGCAGUCAGGGUGGAUCAUACUCACAAAACUAUGGUGGUGGCCAAGGUGGAUCAUCCUCCUCCGACAGCUAUUAUGAUAGUCAGGAUUCGCAGGAUUUCUCAGAUGAUAAUCCCAAUGCCUGUGAUGAUAAUGACACUACAUAUAGUGCUAAUAGUCGGAGUUCUAGCUGUGUGAAGAGGAAAGUUGUUGUCAGAGAUACAUCACAUGUUUUAAGCAGAAGAGAUUAUGAUGUCCAGAAUGAAUCCUCUACUUCAAACAACAGCCACACUAACUACCAGGGUGGAUCGUUCAUUGCAACUGGUGGUGGAUCAAGUGGUCAGGGUGGUUGCAUUUGUCCUGAUGGAAGCAGUGGUGUUAGACAGGGAGCCCCUGGUUCUUCAUACAGCACAUAUUCUGGUAACCAGGGGGGAUCUUCCUUCUACCAUGGAGGAUCCUAUGGACAGGGAGGCCCAGGUUAUUCCCACAGCUCUUAUUCUGGAAACCAGGGAGGACCUUCCUACUCUCCUGGUGGAUCUUAUGGACAGGGAGGACCUUCCUACUCUCCUGGUGGAUCUUAUGGACAGGGAGGUUCUUCUGUCAGUGAUAACGGAAGUGAAUCCUAUGGUCAGGAUGGAUCUUCCGCAUAUGGUGGCAUUGGACCUUAUGGUCAGGAUUCACCUGCCAUGGGAGUUAGUGAAUCUGAUUACAGUGAUUCCACCUCGCCAUCUUACAACCGUCAGAGUGAACGGGAUUUUUAUUCCCCUGGAGGCAGCCAGUCAGGUGGACAUGGAUUAUCUUCUCAAGGUGGUGGCUAUUCUGGUGGACAGGGCUCGUUCUCAUCAGGAACCAACCAGUAUGGUGGGCAGGGUUCACCUUCAAGAGGCAGCCAAUCUGGUGGACAGGGUGGAUGUGAUUGCUCUGGUGUAAGUUCUAGCGGAUCAUCUUCCUCACUCAGAAGUAAUUCCUCUUCUAAUGACACAUCUUAUUCUGGAGGAAGCCGUUACAGUAGCUAUGAUUCCACCUCGCCAUCUUACAACCGUCAGAAUGAACGGGAGUCAUAUUCUUCUGGAGCUAGUCAAUAUGGUGGACAAGGAUCACCAUCUUAUGGAAGCAGCCAUUAUGGUGGACAAGGUUCACCUUACUCAGGAGGCAGCCAGUAUGGAGGACAGGGUCCAUAUUCCUCAGGUGGCAGCCAGUAUGGAGGACAGGGCUCACCUUCAAGAGGCAGCCAAUCUGGUGGACAGGGUGGAUGUUACUGUCCUGGUGGGAGCCCGGGCUCUUUUGGAGGAAGCAACUACCAUGGUGGACAGGGUUCUUCUUAUUCUGGAAGCAGUCAGUAUGGAGGACAGGGAUCUUCUUACUCAGGAAGCAGCCAGUAUGGUGGGCAGGGCUCAUCAUAUUCUGGAGGCCGACAACAUGGUAAACCAGGAUUCUCAGGAAGCACUUAUUCUGGAAAGCAGCAACCACCUUCCUCAGGGGGUAGUCAAGUGAGCUCUGCUGGGAAACACUCCAGUCCCCAACUCCUGCUGUUGUUUAGCAUUUUGAGUGCCUUCGCACUCUCUGCUGUAACAUCAAAGUGGUCUGUGUGAACAUCAGAAGAUUUGCUCGACAUCCUGGACGUGGAUUAUAUGCAGUAAUAUUAGAUUAAUUACUUAAUGUCAGGGAAAAAAAAAAAACACAAAAACACCAUGCAGUCAAACUGUCAGAUGUUACUUGGGCUAUCAUGUUCCAUGUCUGGUUACUAUGUCAUAUCUUUCAUUAGUUUCUUUGGGUUUAGUCAUUAGUAGAUAUCAUUACUUUUGUCAGUGUUCUAAGCACCAUUUUAAGAGAGCGUAUUGUACCCUAGCUAUAUGAUUUCAUUAAAUUAUUUUUAUGUCCAGUGGAAAAUGUGAUGAACACCUACCUGAAAACUGAUUGGUGUGAGAAACAGUUGUUUAGAAAAUACUUGGUUAGUAACCAACACAGAAUGUCAGACAAAUGGUUUUAUUUGCAAAACUUAAUUUGAGCACUGUCACUGCCCCUUGCUGCAUACAAUAAAGAUGACCUCUAACUUCUCGUGAGCAAUCCUACAUGGGAUGGCAAAAAGGAUGCUAAAAUAAUAUCAUACUAUCGGCUUUAGUGGAAUGUAAACAAAUGCAUACCCAACAUGGAGGUUGCACAGCAAAAAAAAAAAAAGCCUCAAUACGAUCUUCACCAUUUGGUUGACAGUUGUUUCUUUGGUCUACGCACUAACGUUCUUUUAAUUUAAGCGUCCGCUCUGAACCGGCAUUGCACUUCUUUAAUAAACCGAUGCUGGCUUUCACACG